UAUUCGAAGGGCCCGUCUUGGAGCGGCCAUCUGUCCUCUUCUUUUUGAAGUUUAUUGUGUGGCAUGGAAAUCGUUGCCUGCAAAUAUAGAACGAACCAGUCCUCACCACAUUCGUCUAGCGCUUUUUUCUACCUGUUAGAGAGAGAAACAGCUCUUUUCUACCCGAGAGAGAGAGAGAGAGAGAGAUUGUAUUGUUGAGAGUGAGAAAAUAAUGGGAGAAGUCCCUCAAGUGGUGCUAAAUUCAGGGCACAAGAUGCCAUUAGUAGCAAUGGGCACAGCCCAAUUCCCUUUUGUUGAAGACGAGUCUCUGAAGCUCCCAAUACUAGAGGCCAUGGUGUUGGGCUACAGGCACUUUGACACUGCUAAGUUAUACAAGUCAGAGAGAGCCCUCGGUGAAGCCAUCGCCGAAGCUCUCAACACAAAUAUCAUUAGAAGUAGAGGUGACAUUUUCAUUACAUCUAAGCUUUGGUGUACCGAUGUCCACCCUGACAAGGUCUUGCCUGCCCUUAAGGAAACACUAGAGAGGUUGAAGUUGGAGUAUUUGGAUUUGUAUCUCAUACAUUUUCCGGUGAGGUUGAGGGAAGGGUACAGGGGUUUUUCUUGGGCAGCAGAAGAUAUCCUCCCUGUUGACAUCAAAGGCACAUGGGGAGCCAUGGAAGAGUGUUGCAGAAUGGGGCUCACCAAAUCCAUAGGGGUUAGCAACUUCUCUAGCAAGAAGCUUGGAGAUCUGCUGGCCUACGCCACCAUUCCCCCUGCAGUUAAUCAGGUGGAAAUGCACCCACAAUGGCAACAGAGGAAGAUGAGGGAGUUUUGUGAAGCAAAGGGGAUUCAUGUGACUGCAUACUCUCCUUUAGGAGGGCAACGAGAUAUUGCUGGUCCUGUUGCAGUCUUGGACUGUGAAGUUCUCCAUGAAAUAGCUCGGGCCAAAGGAAAAACUGCUGCUCAAGUUUCUCUGAGAUGGGUCUUUCAACAAGGUGUGGGAUUGGUGGUAAAGAGCUUCAAUAAAGAUAGGUUGAAGGAAAAUCUAGAAAUAUUAGAUUGGGAGCUCAAUGAAGAGGACCUACUUAAUUUCAAGGAACUCCCACAAAAGAAGGUAUUUCCAACUCAAUAUUUUGUUUCACCCAAUGGGCCUUACAAGACAGUGGAGGAAUUGUGGGAUGAAGAUAUUUGAUACAUCCAAGGCAACCAGCUUCAAUAUGCUUUGAAGUAUAUAGGCUGAGAUCGCAGCAUAACUACUUUUUAUUUUCAUGCAAAUGUGGUCCUCCUUGUGAUUUAUUCUCUUUGACAUAGCUGCAAGUUGAAUGUAUUAUAAGACAAACCAACUCUUCCUCUUUCCAUCAUGGUUAACAAACUCCUGAUUUGGAAGUGCAUUUUCCAAGGCGGUCACCAUUAAUCUUGAC